GAAGCAGACCUGCGCAUUACAGCGGGCCGAUGGGAGAAAAAUAUGGCGACCAGCUCUGUAUUCACUAAUGGUGUUUACGUCCAGUGUAAACAGUAGUAGACUCGUCCACUUAGUUGAACUCAAGCGCACUUACUGCUGUGGUACUUGACAGGUGCUUUGCUGACAGAGAGGAAAUGGCUAACUGUGCCUGGUCAGAGAAAAUACUUCAACUCAUCCGCCGAAUGAAUAACUUUUAUUUAGCAGGCUCCUGUCGUGCUAAGUGCUUACGGUUUGAGAUAAACAAAUCUCAAGUGGGCUGGGUUCCUCCUCAUGUAGCUGCACUGCUGAGCCGCUAUCCAGAGGUGUUCUGCCCGCCACAGGGGGGCGCUGUGACCCUGUGUCCCAGCCUGGACUCUUACCAGCGCAGGUCUGAGGCCGUGGACACUGUCCUGCAGAGUCUCAGACACGAGCCCUCCCUGACCUGCCUCAAAGGAUGGAGAGACGAGAAGUACAGUGUGAUGUCAAAAUUCUUUGACCCUCCCCUGAUGUGGAUGGAAAGAGCAGCUACAAGUCUUUUUGGGGUGAAGCGCUAUGGAGUCCAUAUCAAUGGCUACACUGUCAGUGACAGUGGGGAAGUCAGCAUGUGGCUCGCACGACGCUCCGCGACUAAACAGACCUUCCCUGGACUGCUGGACAAUGUGGCAGCAGGUGGUCUGGCUGCUGGGGUUGGCAUCAAACACACUCUGGUCAAAGAAUGUCAGGAGGAAGCAUGUAUCCCAGAAACCAUUGCUGAGAAGGCUCAUCCUGUAUCCACAGUCAGCUACACCUAUGAGGAUGAAGAGGGCUUGUUUGCAGAGAGUCAGUUUGUCUUUGAUCUGGAACUUCCUGUGGAGUUCAAGCCCAGAGUCGGAGAUGGAGAGGUGCAAGAUUUCUACCUCCUGCCCAUAGAGAAGGUGAAGGAACUGAUAGCCACUGAUGACUUUAAACCCAACUCUGCCAUGGUGGUCUUGGACUUCCUCAUUAGACACUCGUUUAUUGAGCCAGACUCAGAGCCAUGCUAUCAGGAGUUUGUGACAGGACUCCAUCAGACGUUAGAGUGAAGCCGAGGAGUGAGCCCGCUGUCAGAGGACAACACACAUCUACACUGUUGUUUACAUUCAUCUUUGCAAAUACGGCUGUGUCCCUAGUUUCUGCUUUGAGAAAACCAAGACUCCACUGACUCUGGAAUCUGGAGCAUGAAGCUGUCAAUGAGCUUAGUUCACAUUAUUACUGGUGAACUGAGGGCUGGAUUUGGGAUAAAGGUUUUUCCAACAAAACUCUGCAAAAAGUUGAACAUGAAGUUUCUUAUUGCAGCUCACGAGAAAAUUUCCCAUCUCUCCAGUGGUAAACAAAACUGACCCCACCAAAAAAUUGCCAUUUAAAUAAUGUAUAUUAAUACCAGUUUCCACUUUCACUGACUUCAAUCUUUUAAACAACACUUUUUUGCAUUGUCAGAUUUAAAAACAAAAAAAUGCAAUAAAAAUAGCGUAUGUUUAUGUUAGUUUCUGCUGAGGAAGAUCUUUUAACCAACA